UCACCUCCCCUGUUCUCCUCUGUUCCUGCCAUUCUCAGUCCUUCUCUUCCAGAUUUUCCCAAGGACCCACACCAUGAAGGAUACAAAGAAAGAGGGGUUUUUACUUUAAGAGCAAUAACUCCUCCCCCUUUCUCAAUUUGUCCAUCAGAAGACUUUGCUAAAAGCCUCCCUUCCACAUUUAGAGAACUGCUGGUCCUCCUGGGAGGCGGGAGGCUGAUCAGAAGGUAAGGAUCCCGACACAUAAACCUCAGCUGGUAAUUCCUACUGAGAAACCCUAACUAGCAACGGACAUUCUUCUGAAGUUCUUUCCAGACUCUGCUACAGGCAACCAUGGCCAAGAGGGUGGCCAUCAUCGGAGCUGGCGUCAGCGGCUUGGCUGCCAUUCGGUGCUGUCUCGAGGAGGGGCUGGAGCCCACCUGCUUUGAGAGGAGCAAUGACAUCGGAGGGCUGUGGAAGUUCUCGGAGCAUGCAGAGGAAGGCAGAGCCAGCAUCUACCGGUCUGUGUUCACCAACUCUUCCAAAGAAAUGAUGUGCUUCCCGGACUUCCCGUACCCCGACGACUACCCCAACUACAUGCACCACAGCAAGCUCCAGGAAUACAUCAGGACCUUCGCUCACACCAAGAACCUCCUACGGCACAUUCAGUUUGAGACCCUGGUUUCCAGUGUAAAGAAAUGUCCUGGCUUCUUAGUCACUGGCCAGUGGAUGGUUGUUACUGAGAAGGACGGGAGGCAGGAAUCCACUAUUUUUGAUGCUGUGAUGAUUUGUUCAGGACACCACGUGUACCCCAAUCUGCCUGUGGAUUCUUUUCCUGGCCUCCAGCAGUUCCAAGGCAGCUACCUCCACAGCCGGGACUACAAGGGCCCCGAAGCCUUCAAGGGGAAGAGGGUCCUUGUGAUUGGCCUGGGGAACUCAGGAUCGGACAUCGCUGUUGAGCUCAGUCGUCUGGCCGCACAGGUCAUUAUCAGCACCAGAAGUGGUUCCUGGGUCAUGAGUCGAGUUUGGGAUGAUGGCUACCCUUGGGACAUGGUGUAUGUCACCCGCUUUGCCUCCUUCCUCCGGAACAUCCUUCCGUCAUUUGUCUCUGACUGGUUAUACGUCAAGAAGAUGAACACGUGGUUUAAGCACGAGAACUAUGGCCUGGUGCCUCUAAAUCGGCCCCUGAGGAAAGAGCCCGUGUUCAACGACGAGCUGCCAUCCCGCAUCCUGUGUGGCACCGUGUCCAUCAGGCCUGGGGUGAAGAAGUUCACAGAAACCUCAGCCAUUUUUGAGGAUGGGACGGUGUUUGAGGCCGUGGACUCCGUCAUCUUCGCCACAGGCUACGGAUAUGCCUACCCCUUCCUAGACGACUCCAUCAUCAGAAGCAGAAACAACGAGGUCACCUUGUACAAAGGCAUCUUUCCACCGCUCCUGGAGAUGCCGACCUUGGCCGUGAUUGGCCUUGUCCAGUCCCUGGGGGCUGCCAUCCCCACAGCUGACCUGCAGGCCCGCUGGGCUGCUAAAGUGUUUGCAAACUCGUGUACCCUGCCAACCGCAAAUGAAAUGAUGGAUGACAUCGAUGAGAAAAUGGGGAAGAAACUCAAGUGGUUUGGCCAGAGCCACACCUUGCAGACAGAUUAUAUCACCUACAUGGAUGAGCUGGGCUCCUUCAUCGGGGCCAAGCCUAACAUUCCCUGGCUCUUCCUGACUGAUCCCCUGCUGGCCCUGGAGGUCUUCUUUGGCCCCUGCAGUCCUUACCAGUUUCGGCUGAUGGGACCAGGGAAGUGGGAGGGGGCCAGGAAUGCCAUCCUGACCCAGUGGAACCGCACAGUGAGACCAACCAGGACAAGAGCCGUCAGCGAAGCGCAGCGGCCCCAUCACUUCUACAAUCUGCUUAAAAUGCUCUCUUUCCCGGGGCUCCUUCUGGCUCUUUGGCUCACAUUUUACUCAUGAUAAGAUCUUCUGGGCCUCAGAGUUCAGCCCAGGAUUUCAAUCCCCGAAUAAGACACAGAGACACGCCAGCACCACGUAGACCUCCUUCCCUUCUUCCCUCAGAUGUCGCGCUUGAAUCAAAGUAGAAAUAAAACAGGAAAUACCCAGCUGCUCUGUUGCUGAGGAGAAUCUGUUCUCUAAAAAGGCUUUUCUCAUGCUGAAUAAGCAUUAGGAUGUUUGAGACAAGGAGAAGGAUGGGAAGUUGAAUAGCUAUACGCAGAUUUUCCUGCUAGAGUAAGUUUAGUAAGCUUUAUAAAAUGUUUUAUCCUGUCGAUUAUAGAAUAUCAACCAAUGUCUUUCCCACAAUAUUAAGUGUUUGACAAUAAAUCAAUUUAAAGGUUUAUGACACUAUAACAACUGAGAUAAAAUGAAAAAGAAGUUGCUUGAAGAGGACGGGCAGCAGGCCUGGAGCACUUGCCUCGCACACAUGGGUCCUGGGUUCCAUCCCCCGGGCUGCAAAGCAGAAAGAACACCCACUGGGGAGCUCCACUAGGCAAGCCGCUGGAUGUGAGAAUGCAACACUGCCAAUCACAUGCAAACUCAUCGUGAGAGCAUCACACCCUGAUACAAAGCAAGAACAUUACAGAAAACUAAAACUCAGAUCAAUAUGAUCCAUAUCCCUCUUAGACAUACAUACAAAUUCUUAAUAAAUGCAACAUAUAACCCAGUACAUAGAAUGGGUAAUAUAUCAUAGCCCUGUAGGAUUUAUUUCAGGAAUGCAAUGUUGGUUUAAUAGUCAAUGUAAGUCACCAUAUUAAUAAGCUAAAAAUGAAAAACCACAUGCACAGAAAAACAUCUGACGAAAACCAACGUCCACUCCUGAUGAAAAGUCUUAGCAAAUAAGAGUCAAAAAGAAGCAUCCUAACUUGAUAAAGGGUGUCUGUUGAGAAGCUCCAGCUAGUAUCUCACCAGAUGGUGAAGGACAGAAUGCUGUGUUCCUAAGAUCAGGAAAGAGGGAUGGACCUGCCCUCCCCACUCCUGUUCAGUAAUGUACUGGAGCUUCUAGCACGUUCCACAAGGCAAGCAGAGGAAAUGAAGGACAGCCAAACUGUAUGGGAGGAGUGGAACUCUUGACCCUUAGCAUGAUUGUCUAUGUAGAAAUUGUGAAAUCUACUGAAAAGUACAAAAACAAAUGUGUGCAUUUCUUUUUAUUAUUAUUCAUUUUUUACUUGUUCUUUUUAGAUAUAUGUGACAGUGUUUUUGACUUAUUACACAUGCAUGGAGUAUAACUUAUUCUAAUUGAGAUCCCAUUCUUGUGGUUUUACAUGAUGUGGAGUUUCACUGUAGUGUAUUCACAGGAAAAUUGGUUGCAUUUCCAUAUACUAACAAUAAACAAUAACAAACUGAAAUUUUUUAAACUAU